CAGCUCAACCGAUUGUGCUGUUGGUGUCGAGCAGGUCACAGAAUCGAGCCAACUGUGCCCCAGCAAUACCGCGACACACGCCAACAAGAAUAGCAGCAGCCGGCGAGUAACCGUGGCUCCCGAAACAUCGAGGACAACCAUCGCAUUUUCCUCUCAACCUGGCUCAGCAUCUGCUCAGCACGAGCAGUACCCGACCACCAUGCCCAUGUCUUUGGAGGCUCCCGUCCUCCAAGUGGACGCAAAUGUGAUCCAUAAGGUUGACACGACCAACCCAGCAAAUCUUUUCAGCAUGUGGACGGUUUUCGCAAGGUGUCGUGACUCAGUCGCUCAAGGGAGAAGGCUUGAGAAUCUGAGCUGGCGCCUAUGGAACCGUGAGACCUUUUGCUGCGAGGGUGAAGAGAUGCUCAUGUCGUCGUGCGCUACCAGCCAACCCCGGGACAUUCAAUAUCCUCGCGAGACGGCAGUCGAGGACCUUCCGCAGCUGUCUGGCAGUGUCGACUCGGUUGCCGACGAAGAGGCGGUUGAUCUGAACGCAGAGACCACACCCGUCGACAUUGUACGGCCGAGGAUGCAGAGACAGGAUUCAUGCGCCAGCAGUCGGAGUCGUGGGAAGGAACGCCAUAUCACAUCGGAUGAGCUCGAGAAGAUGGUUGUGUCCAUCAUGGAGACCAAGUCGCCACUCAGCGUGCCCCUUCCCAACCUUCCCCGCUCCCUGUCAACCGAGGAGAACAAGACGACGAAAGCUGAGCAAUCAGGCUCGACCAACACUGAUGUGCGGUGCGAAACCCCCCAGGCCACCUCGGCCCAGCCCGCUCCAGCCGAGCAAACCGCGGAGCCGGAGCAGGAGGCGCAGCCUCGCACCAUUGUUACCCGAGGCUUCUCGCCAUCUCAGGCCCCCAUUAGCCGCACCACCAGCCUGCCGACAUCCAAGGCUCCGUCUCCCUGCGCCAUUCCUCAGCCCACCGAUGCCCCGGCUCCCAAGGUGGUUCUGCCAAAGAAGCAGCAGGCAAAGUUCGCGCUCGGUGGGUCAUCAGGCUCGGACGAGGAGUCUUUCAAGAACCGCGAUGUUGAGCCGAGGGGGAUCGCCGCUCAGCCGAGGGGCAAGAUGUUCCAGCUUGGAGGGUCAUCUGGCGAAGACUCGCCCCGGCCUGCCCAACAACUUGAACGAGCCGUCGCAGCAGAUAACGGGCAAAAGAAGGUUGCUUCGUUCAACAAUGAAGUCGUGACGCAGACUUAUACGUCCUCCGCCAUCAGCGACACCGAGGAUGACUACCUGGACGAGAGCGCUAUCGACGAUGACGACGAAGAGUGGGAGGAGGAAUCUGCUGAGGAGAGCGGCAGCUCAAUGGGCGAAGAGAAGCUUCAGUUCCGACGCAUCGAUUCGACCGCGAACUUGCCGUCCCGGCGGUCGCUGAUCACCCUCAUGCUCGCUGCCAACAACAACCGCGCUCAGCGGCUGGGCAACGUGGCGUCGCAGUCCACCUCGGCCCUCCCGCGGACCAGGGCUUCCCUUAACGGCCCAUCUCUGGUCGCCUCACCCAACGACUCGGAUGAGGCUCCCCUGAUGAUGAAGAGGGGUUCUUCACGCGCCCCGCCGAUGCGUCCCAUCAAUGAGAUUCCUCGAUCUGGCGCCCAGCCCAGCAACGUCACUGCCACAGGCAUGCAUCACCAAGCUGCGCUCUCGCCGCGCACGACACGGCGGAAUAUGCUCGCCACUGAGCUGACCGAGUCGCUGCGACGGAAUCUCCUCCGAGAGCGGUCCCAAAAGACGUCGACGGCCAACGCUGUGCUCAAGCGCAGGCACACGUCAACCGAUGUUGCCAACCUAAAGCAAUACCCUGAGAGACCGUAUAUGAAGAAAGACAAAGAGGUGGACACCGAUCCCAACAGCUGGGAUAAAUACUUCCAGAACCCGUUUGCCGGCUAUGCGCAAGCGUGGUAACACACUUAAUACACCCUACGCAUACCACCAUCGCAUACACUCGACCCGCAUUACACGAUACCCAGAAAGGCAUUUGCCUCGUCAGGCAGACAGACGUCUCUGCCACUCGUCUUGGCCCGUUUAUUUCAC